AUGAACAACCACGGCAGGGACGAGUCAACGGUCAUCGACCUGUCCGUCAUCAACCCCCAGAGCAACGACCCUUCCUCCCCUACCGUCGGCAGUCCUACCAGUGGAUCCGGAGCAGGCAACAACAACAACAACAACAAUGACAAUAACCAGAACCGGCUCUCCAAGGGUCUGGCCAAGAAAGGUGCUGGAGGCGGAGGAGGUGGGCACGGCGGCAAUGGAAACCAUGAAACCAAAGAGUGCCCCCGCCACGCUGAGGGCCACCCUCCUAACCGUUUAACGACUCGCGAUCUGGGCAACAACAGAACGGUGUAUCUUUUCUUUGGAUCUGAUGUUGUCCUCUUUGAUACCAUCAUGACCUAUCGUCUUGGCAAGCCAGACAUGCUUGUCGAGGAUGCUAUUGACGCCCACGGAGAGCAUCAGGGUGCAGAUGCUAUGGCCAACCUCAUCUACGGAACUCAGGCCUUUGACAUGGUCCUCAAACACACUAUUGCCGAGCACCUUCGCAAAGUGGCCCCGACCCCCGAGCAGACAUCCAUCAACGUCGACAGUAAUGGUGUAGCCUUAUCCGAGAAGGGACCAGCGACAGCACAGGAAGGUCAAGCAUUGAUCAACAACAACAACAAUGCCACGUCAGGAGCUGAUACAGCAGCAGAAGCAGACAACAAGGAUCUGGAGGCUGGUGCAGUCAGUCCUGCCAAGAUUGAACAAGAGGCCAAGCUGGAGACACACCGUCGUCGGUUCAAGAAGGCGUUGUUGAGGGAGGGCUUGAUCAUCGAGGAGGAGCCCAACAUUGAUGGCGAGGAGAUGUUUGUCAAGAUCUACACACCCUUCUGGAGACUAUGUGUUGAGGCUCAACGAUUGCGCUUCAAGGUCGAGCUCAUGCAUGCAGAGACCUCAAAGGAAAAGGCGGCAGCGGAUGCAGCGGUAGCCAAGGCGAAAUCCCAGGGAGUCCUGUACAGAUUCUUUUGGCGAUUCAUCCAAAAGACUGACAACGUCUCGCUCCCCCUCCGUCCGGAAUCGCUCCAGUUCAAGGCGACUAAACUCCGACAGUACGCCCUCGCGGAAAAGACCCGUCGCUGGAGUGAUAUUGUCCGGCAUGGUGGAGGUAUCAAGCCCGAUGGGUCUGGUGUCGGGUCUCGUAUAGGAUCUGAUGGACGCGAUGGGUUCUUUAACACUGCUCAACGUGGUCGGCUGACGGAGAGUAUUAUUAUCUACAGCAAGAUCAAGACCAAGCGUGGAGAUCGACAUGCUCUCAAGACAGUUAUGGACAAGAAAGCAUACACCGACAUGUUCACCCUGCAUGACGGCUCAUACAAGUCCAAGGUCAAGCCCAUUCCUAACCAACGCUCCCUCCUCUACCGGAACUGGGUUCGUUCCGGUCGCACUCAACCUCUGGAGGACAUCCGUCACUACUAUGGCGAGAAGGUUGCGCUUUAUUUCGCAUGGAUUGAAUAUUAUACCAAAUGGCUCAUCUGUGCAGCCCUUGUGGGAGUGCUCUUCUUGGUCUAUGGAGUCUCGAACCAUUUUAUCAAGGGACCGGCUGUUGCAGACGGUGCUGGUAUUCGUGGACAGCUAGUUGAUGUCUUUGAUAACGCUCUGACUCUGCCCUAUGCCCUCUUCAUGUCUGUCUGGUCAGCAUUGUUUGUCGAGUACUGGAAGCGUAGGAGUGCUGUGUUGGCUUAUGAGUGGAACACUCUGGACUAUGAGCAGCUGGAGCGAGCUCGGCCGGAAUUCAAGCCUACUGGAACUCGUAUCUCGCCCGUCACUGGGAAGUUGGAGCUCUACUACCCGCGUUACAAGCAGGUCAUCUCCAUCGUCACCAGCGUUUUGGUCGUUUUGAUAUCUAUUGGAAUUGUCAUUGUAUCGGUCGGAUCACUGAUGUUGUUCAACGUGGUCAUGACAAAGAGCGACGACCCGGAUUCGAUUCGCGCAGGAAUGAACCCUUAUGUCACCACGGUCGUCACGGCCCUGCUCUCCCUGACCGUCAUUGUCGUCCUUGGAACCGUCUAUGCUAGGCUUGCCAAGAUCCUGACCGACAACGAGAACCAUAAGCGUUUGACUCAAUACGAAGACGCACUGAUUAUCAAGCGGUUCCUGUUCGACUUUGUCAACUUCUACUCUGCCAUGGUCUACAUCGCAUUCUUCAAGGGCUACAUUGCCCAAGACGUCAGAUUCUGGAAAAAUCAACCACGGGACAGCUGUGGAGACGACGGGUCCUGUCUCGGCGAGCUCGCGAUCCAGCUUGCCAUCGUCUUUGUCGGUAAACAAUUGCUCAACCAAGCCCAGGAGAUCGCCAUCCCAGCCAUGAAGAAGUGGUGGAACAAAAAGAACGAGCUUGCCGAGCGCGCUGCCCACUUGAAGGGCAAGUACAAGGACCGAUCAAAGGCCGUCAAGCCCCCACAAUGGGCCAAAGAUGAUUUGUUGCCGGCUUAUAACCCUCAGAUGUUUGAGGAGUACCGUGAACUGGUGAUCCAGUUUGGGUUCUGUACACUGUUUGUUACCGCCUUCCCAAUUGCGCCCAUCUUUGCGUUGUUGAAUAAUAUCCUGGAGAUCCGGGUGGAUGCCUACAAGAUUCUCACCCAGCACAAGCGACCCAUCGCUCAAGGCGCUCAAGAUAUCGGGAGCUGGAGCACGAUUCUGAUGACUCUGACUCAUAUCUCGGUCUUCACCAACGCCUGCCUGAUCGCCUUCCAGUCCAACUGGAUGCUCAAUAACGUCUUCAUGACCAUCCCCUGGGUCAAACAUUUCGAUUUUGUCAAAGUCACAGAGCAGGACUUGAAUUAUGCCCUGCUCGCCGUCCGGCUCGUCUUCAUCUUCAUCUAUGAGCACUUAGUGUUCUUGAUCAAGAUCGGAAUCGCAAACCUGGUCCGGGACACCCCCCAGACCGUAAAACUCGCCAUCCAACGCGAAUCCUACUAUACCCGCCUUGCCCUCGACGACGAAGAACCCGCCCGUGAUGAAGUCCUCGAAGACGUCGAGUCUGACAGUGAUGAAUCCGAAGACGAAUUCAACGACGACAUGUACCGCAAAUCUGCAGAUGGUACUCUUUACCCACCUGGCCUCGGCGGCGGGGGUAGAACCACGCCCUCGGGUGAAGGCGAGGGGCAGGUGGAUGAAGUGAACGAGAAUCUGGAGGAGGAAGAAGACGAGGAAGAGUUGGAGGCGAUGAUUAAGGCCGGCGGGUGUGGGUGUGCCGCACAUGGGGAUGGUGUGGUCGGAACGGUUAAGGGUGGGUUUGAGGGGACUUGGAUGAACCGGUUCCGCCCUGAGAUGCAGGCUGCUAUUCGUCGUCGACAGCAGAGAAGGCGCAAGAAGCUGCAGAGUGCUGACAAGGGCCAAACUGCCGAGUAA